AUGGCAAGUGCCUCGAGGAUUCAAAUAAACGAGGGCAAUCUUGAGAAACUUGAUACUAUUACCUUGUUAGACAUUGAUGGAAUAGAGCAACCAGCAACAUUCUUCACGGGUCCUGAAGUGAAUCUUAAUUACUACCGAACCUUGAUUCAAGCGGCAAAAGAAGGCGACUGGGUUACUGCUAAAAGAUUCAUCGACAAUGAUGGUGCUGCAUUGACAGAGGUAAUCUCGCUCCAAGGAAUGACAGCACUUCAUUUGGCGGCCAGCCGCUCCCAGUCCGAACUUGUGGAGAAGCUGGCAGACCUGAUGCCGGCUGCUGCAAUCAAUGCACGAGACAAAAGGGGUUGCACCGCCCUUCACUAGGUAGCUGUAG